UAGGGUUUUCGGGCACGGCGGCCCAGACAACCUACAUCCCUGAUUCGGAAAAUGUCUACCAUCUCUUCACUAGGCAAAACCCAACCGUCAGCCAGCCAAUGGUCCUCGGCUUCCCCACUCUGAUUGGUUCUAAUUUCGACCCGACCCGCCGCACCGCCGUCAUCAUUCACGGCUGGGACUCCAACGCCCUCUCCCCCUUCAACGUGGCUCUCGUCCCCGCGAUCCUGGCGGCCAUGGACGUGAACCUGAUCGCCGUGGACUGGAGCGCCGGCGCUGUCACGGACGACUACAAUGUACUCAUCAGCCACAACGUGCCACUUUGCGGUGAAAGCGUCGCCCGUUUUAUCGCCUGGCUGAACCUGGAGACCGGCGCGACUUUCGACCAGUACCACAUCAUUGGGUUUGAAAUCGGCUCCCAGAUGGCUGGACUCGUCGGCAGGAACCUCAACGGGGCGAUUGAUAUCAUUACUGAUGUUGGCUGGUAG